AUGGCCGACGAUUUACUACACCUAGUAGCCACGAUUACCGUCAAGGACGGUAAACUCGAACAGGUCCUCGAAGCACUCAAAACCUUAGCUUCCACAGUCCACCAAACCGAACCCGACGUGCUACGGUACUUUGCUUUUCAAACGAAAAACAGCGAGGGCCAGGAUCAGUUGGUUAUGAUUGAGAAAUAUUCCAAUGCAGAGGCCCACAAGGCUCACUCUGCUACCUCCCAUUUCAAGAGUUUUGUGGGUCAGGUACAGGACCUUUUGGCUGGGCCUUUGGAUAUCAAGGUUGGGCCGUUGGUUGCAGGGUAUGAGAGCAAGAGCAAGGCCAGUUUGUGA